CAUCAAUGUCAUUGUUACGUUACUUAACAGCAGCUUCAUCUCAAUUAAUACUGAUGAACAUGUGCCAGCGCCGUCGCAUUCUCUUUUCUUAUUAUUAAAUGUGAGGUGCAUCUGAAAGACGAUGCUGACCAGAUCAUGGCUACCUAGAAAGAGGCUAUUGGUCAUCACCAUCGCAAUCGCAAUCAUCAUUGUCUUCACAACCCUCUCAGAUCUACAUAAUCGAUCGUCUGAACUGGUCGCCAGUCUACAUCUCCCUUCUUACGGAGGCAGCAAUACAGCAGAGCAGGAGACUGGAUCUCAAGUGGCGAUUACAAGUCUCCUCGACGCGCAAGCGCCCAAAUACAACUAUGUCAAAGCAAUACUAGACCCCAAAGACGAAGAAUUUGAGCGACUUCUGUGCCCGGCACCUGCUACUAAGCGCUACGACUAUCUUCGAGUCGGCCAGGGAAAUGCGGAAGCCGGCGAUAAGCAGAUAAAAUACUUUUUUGCGCUCAAUCUGCGACAAUGCAUAGGCAUACUCCCUCGAUUGCUGGGAUCCGUUGUGGAAACUGUGCGAUUUCUCGGUCCCGAAAACUGCGCUUUAUCGAUAGUGGAAGGACAUUCCGAUGAUGGGACUCGUGAAGUACUGGAUGCGCUGCGCGUAGACAUGGAAAACCUGGGACUGGAAUUUCACCUCCAAACCAGCGACAUCGAUCCUAAGCAGGGAGACCGAAUCGAAGGUCUUUCAGGUCUUCGAAACUUGGCUCUCGAACCACUGCUCAACAAUUCGACUCGGUAUUCCCCGGACGCAGCGGUGGUUUUCGUCAAUGACGUCGCCAUAUGUAUGGAGGAUAUGCUGGAGCUGGUCCACCAACGCGUCUUCCAGAACGCGGACAUGACAUGUGCGAUGGACUGGUCAGACAUAGACCCUGCGCCUAUCUUUUACGACAUCUGGAUUGCGAGAGCUAUCAAUGGAGACACAUUUUGGGAGAUCCCCCCGGAUGGAGGGUGGCGAUUUUCCUCGAAUCUGUUCUGGAACCACCCAGUUUCCCGUCAGCGAUUCGAUGAGCACAAGGCCUUCCAGGUUUUUGCCUGCUGGAAUGGCGCUGUUGUCUUUAGUGCAAAGCCUUUGAUUGAGAAAAAUAUACGAUUUAGGAAGUCGAAGGCUGGAGAGUGUUAUUCAGGUGAACCGCGACUGUUCUGCAAGGACCUGUGGAUUAAGGGGUAUUCGAAGAUUGCGGUGGUACCGUCAGUUAACUUGGACUAUUCGGAUAAGUCUGCUAAGAAGGCCAAGACGUUGCAUGGGUAUGUUUCUGACGCGGUGAAGGCAGAGGGCAACGAUAAGUCGUUGAAGAUUGUGUGGGAUGAUAAACCACCUGAACAGGUCAAGUGUAUGUCUGAUUUUUCGGACCAAUCUUGGGUGCCCUGGAAUCAGGGAUUUGAGUCUGAGAGUUGAAUGUAUUAUACCCGUCUGAUCUAGCCUUCCUCUUCGUCGUUAAUUUACAUAACAAUGCACUUUCACUGAGACUAUUAUGUGGCUAUUCGGACUUGCAUUCACUAGCCCGGUUGUGUUCCAACAGCGCCUGGCCUUGAUGGUGGUCGGGGUGAUCUCUGACCAAGAAUUUGUUGCUGAUAGUUGCUGUGGUAUGUUACAUCGCACAUAUGGCGGCAGUCGACAAGAAGCAGCUGUGGGAGACCAACGAUAUUAUCUUGAACAGCAACUACUCAACUCAAGAAUUAUAAUUUGGCGAACCAAACUCCCAGUGGGCUUCUAAGCAAUGAAAGGUAAGACAACAGCCGUCGUCCGCAUUUUAGAUGCCAGGAGGUAUGUUUGGAGGGACGGACGCCGAGAGGCUGAAAGAGCCGCAAAUACAUCUAGGCAAAGUGCCUAGCAUAAGAGGCAAGCCGUUGGCACAUGCAUACAAUCCAAGCUACCAGUUUCCAAGUGAAAAGACGGCGAAUGCGCCUUGUGUUAAUGAUGUGCUUUCAUCUAAAAGUGCUGCGCGAGAAAAGAGAGCUGGGAUAAGUCCAUUUCAAUAUAUAUGAUAAUUUGAAGCUAUGAG